AACAGGCAGAAGGCUCUGCUAGAGUUUUCCUACUAAGGUAUGAGCUGAUAUGUACAGUAAGAGGUCACAGCUGUGUCCAUUUCUUGAAGUAGCUGUGUGUGUAAACGCAAGUGGAGCCCAGAUAACUCUUUGUGUCUCUUAAUUGUGCUUGAAAACGGAGUUUCUGAAACCUUGAAGGCAUCGUGUAGAGAACCAGUACAGAAACCAGAAAAGCAGUUUCUUUAAAUCCGUUUGCGCCCACUCUGAGGUGGCUUACAAGAAGUCAGGCUGUGUAUGAGGGAAGCUAAAAAGGGGAAGUCUAAAUAGCCAGGAAAUUACCCGCAAUAAACCCAGUCAGUCGCUUCUUUGCUGCUUGUGGUCCAACGACUCCCCAAAAUCUGAGGCUGAAACUCAUGUCUGGAUGGACAUAACCAGGUAUUCGCUUACUCACGAAAAGUUUUGUACCGACUAUGAAGCUCUCUCCUGCUCUUCCAGUACUGUGGUACAGCUUUCUCCUGCUGCUGCGGGUCUCACAGAGUGAGCUCGCGGACUAUGAUCCAGACGUCGACACCUGUUCUGACGAGAAGGAUUUAGUCGAUGACAGAGAAGAAGAGUUGGAGGGGGCGUCUGUCGUCUGUACGAUGUCCCGAGCGAACAAACUCAACUGUUCCUGGUCGCUCCGCGCUCUGGAGACGGGCGCUCAGCUGUCCGUUUCUGUCAGGCUCUUUGAGAAUAAGCGCUUGGUCGAUUCUCGGAACCAAAGCUCAGCGAACGCCAUUGGCUUCAUAUCCUGGACAAUCGAUGGCGGCCAGAAUAAGUCUGUAGUCGUCGACUUUGACGUGAUCCAGCGUGGCGCCAGGACGCGUUACACCGCCGAGUUCGACGAGGAUAUAUUGAAUUUCCCGGAUCCUCCUGCAAACGUUGAUGCAUCGAUCCAGGACGGGAACCUUCACGUAAACUGGGAUGUGCCAAGCAAUAAUUUACUAUCACAUUGUUUUGAUUACCAGCUGGACUUCGGCGACCAGGAAAAACCGAGAAAAUUUUCAGCUAAGCGGCAAUACGUAGAGCCAAAUGCUGCCGCUCCCACCUACAGGGUGAGGAUGAGGACGAAGAUAUCGACCAACUGCUUUUGGUGCACCCAGUGGAGCGAGUGGAGCCCCACAGUCACGGUGGAGCAGCCAACGUACAGACUCGAUCCUCUCGUAAUCGCCUUGAUUUCGCUCGGAAUCCCCAUGAUCCUCCUGGCCGUGCUGUUGAUAUUGCGCCAUCAGAGGCUGGUCAAAGUUCUGUUUCCUCCGAUUCCUCGUCCCCCCGCCAAGUACAAACAUUUCCUGGAAAAGACCGAUCCGCUCAAUUUCUUCCAUCCUGUUCCAACAACUAAGGCCGAGGAAGAAAUCACUGAGGUGGAGGACGCAGAGCAGCCGCCUGCAACAACCCAUUAAAACAGUUCAGGGAGAAGGCGUGUAUUGACUGCCAGUCAUUCUGUAUCAUACUUACAUUGAUGAGCCAGCACACGUAUGUAGAGGGCACAUAAUGCUGCAGAUAUAUAACAGCUUAUGCAGAAACUGUAUUUAAAUACAUUCAUAAUCCUCUUCUGUGACGCUUGGGCUAAAAUCCCGUCAAUAAUUCAGAUUUUUAAUUGAAUCUGAAAAACGACAUGCAAGAUUGUGAAUUUUGCAGCAAAAAAUUAGUUAUUUACAGACUGAAAUUGUGAAAAGUGAAGAUGUUUUAAGACCACUAUGAAUGAAAUUUAAGACCUGCAUCUCCAAAGAAAUGUACAAAAGGAGACUGAAUAUUUUAUAUAAUAGCGCUAGGCCUUCUUUUUCUUCUUUUUUUUAGCACAUGAUGCUUGCAGCCUCUUACGGGUUGGCAACAGAAGUGAGCCAGUGGCAAAUAUAAUCUGGCAAACUGACUUUAAUUUACACUUACCAAUGGUAGACGCAAGAGAGCUAGCUAACUAGCUAUCAAUGGUUUAUUAGCAGCUAGUUAGCGGAGUCACAGAGUGCAAUAAAGAAGUCAAACUUUUGCCUGACAGAAAAGUCUCACUAGAGAAAUAAACUACAUAGAAUAUGAGAUAAAAGCAUCCUUCCACAACAACAGUGUAUUUAAGGCCAAUGUACAUUAUUUAAAAUGAAUUCAAGACAUUUUAAGGGUUUAGUUUUAGACGCAUGUUUAAAUGUUUGACGUAACCAAACCCGUAGAGACGUAUCAAACCUGACACUCUUUUAGUAGAUUAUUCCUCAAGGGGAAAAAAAAAACAAAAACAAUUUUAAAGUAACCUGUUGGCUAGAGGUUAAUUUUGAAAAACUCCACAAGGAGAAAUGACUGAGAUGAUCUGAAAUAAAACAAUAAGCUCAGUUAAAACGAUCGGGCGCAGUACUUCUGGGUUUGUCUAUUACUUUAGAACAUUGUAAUUUAAACCCUUGUCAACACACAGAGGCCACCGGUACACAAGCAAUUUGUGAAACAUGGUGGAGGACUUUUUUGUAGUUCAGUGGAGGUUUUACGUCUUUUACCGAGAAGCCAACAGAGAAGGGCUGCGAUGGCAAAAUAAACUGGAACUAAAUACUGACCUGGAGUUGUACAAACUCUGUUACAUAUCGGAUAUUGUUUGUUUGCACAUGUUUUGAGUGUUUUGUCGUUCGAUUUUUGCACGUGUGUUCUAAGCUGAGAUUGUUCCAGUGUUUAUUCUGAUGUUCUGCAAAACUUGAACUCCUCACAAUGUUCAAUAAAACAGAAAAGGCUUUAUUUAAAAAAUAUUACACUAUUCUUUUUGAAAAG